GUUUCAUUCAGAUUACUUUCAGUUUUACUUUUUGAAGUCGGUAACAGACUCUGAGCAAAAAGUCUCAACAUAGAUUUCGUCUCAGUCAAACAAUGAGUUACGAUCGGGCCAUUACUGUGUUCUCACCUGACGGUCACUUAUUUCAGGUUGAAUAUGCGCAAGAAGCAGUCAAAAAGGGUUCAACGGCGGUUGGAGUCAGAGGAAAGAACGUGGUUGUCCUCGGAGUGGAGAAGAAAUCGGUUGCCAUGCUUCAAGAUGACAGAACAGUGCGCAAAAUCUGCUCUUUGGACGAACAUGUUUUCAUGGCGUUUGCAGGGUUGACAGCAGAUGCAAGGAUUGUUGUCAACAGGGCAAGAGUGGAGUGUCAAAGUCACAGACUGACAGUGGAGGAUCCCCCUACUGUGGAAUACAUCACACGAUUCAUAUCGAACAUGAAACAGCGUUACACCCAGAGCAAUGGACGGAGACCAUUUGGGAUCUCCUCUCUCAUAGUUGGCUUUGACUUCGACGGUACUGCCCAACUCUACCAGACAGAUCCCUCUGGAACAUAUCAUGCAUGGAAGGCCAAUGCCAUUGGGAGAUCUGCUAAAACAGUGCGGGAAUUCCUGGAGAAAAACUACAAGGAAGUGGACAUGGAGUCCGAUGAGGCAACCAUUAAGCUCGCUGUCAGGGCUCUUCUUGAGGUGGUGCAGUCUGGAGGAAAGAACAUUGAGCUGGCCGUUAUGAAGCGUAAUGAGCCAAUGAAGAUUCUGGACCCUGAAGAGAUAGAACAGCUUGUCUCAGAAAUUGAAAAAGAAAAAGAGGAGGCGGAGAAAAAGAAGAAGUCCACAACAACAUAGAUACGGGAUAAUCCUGUGAUGUGAUCCAGAAAUACAAGUCAGAGUGCUCAUCUUCCCAUAUAGAACAAAU